UCACAAGACCAUUGAGGGUUUUCCUGAUACUCUGACUCCGCCCCCUACAAGUCCCGCCCUCAGGGAUUAGCAACCGGAUCCCUGGGAUCCAACUUUCCCAGAAGUGGCUGAGAGAACCUUUAGGUACGUGCCGAGUUCCCACCCGGACCUUUCCCUUCCAAGCACCAGCACCGGAAACGGCUCACCUCUCCUCUCUGAUCGCGGACACCAUGCUCCACCUCCUCCGUAGCUGCUCUAGGGCAUCUUCCCAGAUCCUUAACAUCUCUCCUUCUGUGGCUCGGGUUCCUGUGAGGAAGAAGUCCGACACUCCUCAUAUCCUGAGGACUCCUCUGCAGAACGGCCUUCCUUUCUUUAUGAGACCGUGGCUCCUCACAGCCGGUCUGGGGUCUGAGAAUGGGGAUAAAGGCUAUCACACAUCUAAGUGCUGUUUCAAGAAGAAGAAAGUCUUUGUGGUCCCAAAGAGACCACCAAUCAUUCUUACAUACCUCCCAAACACCCCAAAGCCUGCCCUAUACGUUGCUUUGACUGGAUUGAUUCCCUUUGUGGCUCCACCACUGUUCAUGAUGAUGAGGGAGACCUAUAUCCCUGAAUUGGCAUUUGCACAAAUGGCCUAUGGAGCCAGCUUCCUGUCUUUCCUUGGAGGGGUCAGGUGGGGAUUUACUCUGCCAGAAGACAGUCCAGCCAAGCCAGAUCUCAUGAAUCUAGCCUGUAGUGGGGCUCCACUGGUGUUUUCUUGGUAUGCCUUCCUUAUUUCUGAAGGACUCCCUGGAGCCAUUGUCAUGGUGAUUAUGGGCUUUGGGGUGGCCUUACACAAUGAAGUCUUUCUCCUACCCCAUUAUCCUAAUUGGUUCAAAGCCUUGAGAAUAGUGGUGACUCUAGUGGCAUUUUUUUCAUUUGUAGCCACUUUGAUACUUAAAAAUGUGUAUCUGGAAACUGACCUUAAACAGCCUGCUCAGGCUGAGUGAAGUCCAUUCACCCCAUUCCCAUACCUCCCCCAGGUUGUGAACAGGUAGGGUAUUAAGUUCCUUCACAGGUUCAUGGAGGCUACUUCUUGUUUUCUUUGUAAUCCCUGCAGCUAAGGAUGUUCCCCUGUGGAAAUCAUGUUGCCUGAGGCUCAGGAGAACUUGGUAAUAACCUACAGUUAUUGGCAUAUGUGUCAUUAGAUUGGCAAUCAAUAGCAUUUUUUCUUCUAUUUAUAAAUGAACUGUAAAGAAUGUUUUAAACGGUUUAAAAUAAAAUACCAGAUUGGCCAAUAUCAUGGUAGAGUGACAAAUAUUGGAAGGGAUGUGGCAAAAUUGGGACAAUGGAUUGUUAGUAGGGUUCUGAACUGAUCCAACCUUUCUGGAAGGCAAUUUGGAACUAUGCUCAGGGCAAUAAAACUGCAUACCCUUUGAUCCUUUAAUACCACUACUAGGUCUGAGUCCCAAAGAGAUUUUUUAAAAAAGGGGAAAGGACCUAGUUGUACAAAAAUAUUUAUAGCUUCUAGCUCUUUUUGUGGUGGCAAAGAAUUAGAAACUAGAGGAAUGUCCCUCACUGGGGAAUGGCUGAACAAAUUGUGGUAUAUGAUGGAAUGGUAUGUGAUGUGACAAAAUACUAUUGUGCUGUAAGAAAUGGUGAACAGGGUGGUUUCAGGAAAAAUUGAAAAGACCUAUAUGAACUGAUAGAGUGAAAUAAGCAGACCAGAAGAACAUUGAACACAGUAACAAUACUAUUCUAUGAUGAUCAAUUGUGACACUUAGCUACUCUCAGGAAUAUAAUGAUCCAGGAAAAUUCUGAGGGACUUAUGAUAAAGAAUGCUGACCACUUCCAGAGAAAGAACUGUUGGAGUCAGAAUGUAAAUCAAAGCAUACUGUUUUUCACUUUAUAUUUUUAUUUGAGAUUUUGGAUUUAUAUGAGUAUUCUCUUACAACAGUGAACAAUGUGGAAAUAUGUUUUGCAUAAUACAUGUAUAGCCCAAAUCAAAUUGCUUGUCAUCUUUGAGAGGGAGGAUAAAGGAGAGACAAUUUAGAUCUUGAAACUUUAGAAAACAUGUGGGAAAUUGUUAUUAUAGGUAAUUGGGAAAAUAAAAUCUUUUUUAAAAAGGAUCAAAUAAAGACCACAACGUAUUCGUUGGCUAGAACAUUA